UGACGGGCGGGAUCAGCCAAUGGAGUCGUGACGAAGGUGGAGCAGCACCUCGGGGACGUCCUGCGGAUCCUGCCUCUACUGAAUAUUCAUGAGGGAGGCGGGCAGACGCCGCUUCAAGCCGCGACCGGCGCCAUGAAGCUCAACGUGGACGGGCUGCUGGUCUACUUCCCAUACGACUACAUCUACCCGGAGCAGUUCUCCUACAUGCUGGAGCUCAAACGCACGCUGGAUGCCAAGGGUCAUGGAGUCCUGGAGAUGCCCUCAGGCACUGGGAAGACAGUGUCCCUGUUGGCCCUGAUCAUGGCAUACCAGCGGGCAUAUCCACUGGAGGUGACUAAACUCAUCUACUGUUCGAGGACUGUGCCUGAGAUUGAGAAGGUGAUUGAAGAACUUCGAAAGUUACUCAACUUCUAUGAGAAACAGGAGGGCGAGAAGCUGUCGUUUUUGGGGCUGGCUCUGAGCUCCCGAAAGAACCUGUGUAUUCAUCCCGAGGUGACGCCCCUGCGCUUUGGGAAGGACGUCGACGGAAAAUGCCACAGCCUCACGGCCUCCUACAUAAGGGCACAGUACCAGCGGGACCCCAGCCUGCCCCACUGCCGCUUCUACGAGGAAUUUGAUGUCCAUGGGCGCCAGGUGCCCCUCCCUGCUGGCAUCUACAACCUGGACGACCUGAAGGCCAUGGGGCGGCGCCAGGGCUGGUGCCCAUACUUCCUUGCCCGAUACUCAAUCCUGCACGCCAACGUGGUGGUCUACAGCUACCACUACCUCCUGGACCCCAAGAUUGCCGACCUGGUGUCCAAGGAGCUGGCCCGCAAGGCCGUCGUCGUCUUCGACGAGGCCCACAACAUUGACAAUGUCUGCAUCGACUCCAUGAGUGUCAACCUCACCCGCCGGACCCUGGAUCGGUGCCAGGGCAACCUGGAGACCCUGCAGAAGACGGUGCUCAGGAUCAAGGAGACGGACGAGCAGCGUCUGCGGGACGAGUACCGGCGCCUGGUGGAGGGGCUGCGGGAGGCCAGCACCGCCCGGGAGACCGACGCCCACCUGGCCAACCCCGUGCUGCCCGACGAGGUGCUGAAGGAGGCGGUGCCGGGCUCCAUCCGCACGGCCGAGCACUUCCUGGGCUUCCUGCGGCGGCUGCUGGAGUACAUCAAGUGGCGGCUGCGCGUGCAGCACGUGGCGCAGGAGAGCCCGCCCGCCUUCCUGAGCGGCCUGGCCCAGCGCGUGUGCAUCCAACGCAAGCCCCUCAGGUUCUGCGCCGAGCGCCUCCGCUCGCUCCUGCACACCUUGGAGAUCGCGGAUCUCGCCGACUUCUCCCCUCUCACCCUCCUGGCUAACUUCGCCACGCUCGUCAGCACCUACGCCAAGGGUUUCACCAUCAUCAUUGAGCCCUUUGACGACAGGACCCCAACCAUCGCCAACCCCAUCCUGCACUUCAGCUGCAUGGACGCCUCGCUGGCCAUCAAACCUGUGUUUGAGCGCUUCCAGUCCGUCAUCAUCACAUCUGGGACGCUGUCCCCGCUGGACAUCUACCCCAAGAUCCUGGACUUCCACCCCGUCACCAUGGCAACCUUCACCAUGACAUUGGCUCGGGUCUGCCUCUGCCCCAUGAUCAUUGGCCGUGGCAAUGACCAGGUGGCCAUCAGCUCCAAGUUUGAGACCCGGGAAGAUAUCGCGGUGAUCCGGAACUACGGAAACCUCCUGCUGGAGAUGUCCGCUGUGGUGCCCGAUGGCAUCGUGGCCUUCUUUACCAGCUACCAGUACAUGGAGAGCACCGUGGCCUCCUGGUACGAGCAGGGCAUCCUCGAGAACAUCCAAAGGAACAAGCUGCUCUUUAUUGAGACCCAAGAUGGGGCUGAGACCAGUGUUGCCCUGGAGAAGUACCAGGAGGCCUGCGAGAACGGCCGUGGGGCCAUCCUGCUCUCGGUGGCCCGAGGCAAAGUGUCUGAGGGAAUUGACUUUGUGCACCACUACGGCCGGGCCGUCAUCAUGUUCGGGGUGCCCUACGUCUACACCCAGAGCCGCAUUCUCAAGGCGCGGCUGGAAUACCUUCGGGACCAGUUCCAGAUUCGAGAGAACGACUUUCUGACCUUCGAUGCCAUGCGCCACGCAGCCCAGUGCGUGGGUCGGGCCAUCAGGGGCAAGACUGACUACGGCCUCAUGGUCUUUGCCGACAAGCGCUUUGCCCGGGCCGACAAGCGGGGCAAACUGCCCCGCUGGAUCCAGGAGCACCUCACCGACGCCAACCUCAACCUGACCGUUGACGAGGGGGUCCAGGUCGCCAAGUACUUCCUGAGGCAGAUGGCACAGCCAUUCCACCGGGUGAGCCCGCGGCGCCUAAGCUCCUCUUUCAGGAAGGGCCCUUGGCUUUCUCCCCGAGCCCCGAGCCCAGCCUGCUCCCUGCCCCCGACAGAGAGGGGUUUGUGUGCACCGGCGCGCCAGGCCUGGGAACUGGAACUGCGGGGAGGGUCGAGGGCUACAGCCAGAGCGUGUGUCUCCAGUGGGAGCCCCGAGCUGGCCGUGGGCCUCUGGAAAGCCAGUCCUUCUCUAGCUUGGACACAGCUCUCUGGCUGCCGCCUUCCUCCCUCGGCCCAUCUUCUGGUUACAGGGAUGGGAUGCCCUGGGUUAUACAGGUGUUUUGAAAUUCAAGCAUCCUGUCCUGUAGCCCCCCACCCCCCCGGGCGGGCCACCUGGCCCUACUGAGUUGUG